AUGGUUGUUAAUAAAGACAAAUUAAUGCAAAAAGAAUUUGAACAAAAAUGUAAAAUUGAGACUGUUCGUUGUGCUGGAAGAUGUGAUAUUGAAUUGGGGGAUAUUACAAAACAUAAUGUUAUGCAAUUAAAACGUCUCAAUUUGGCUGUUUUUCCAAUUUGUUAUAACGAAAAAUUUUAUAAAGAAGUUAUUAAUGCUGGAGAUUUGGCAAAAUUGGCUUAUUUUAAUGAUAUAAUUGUUGGGGGUGUUUAUUGCCGUAUUGAUAAUUUGGAUGGAAUUAAGAAAUUGUAUAUUAUGACGUUGGGAACUCUUGCACCUUAUCGACGAUUUGGUGUAGGUACUCUCUUACUCGAGCAUGUUUUUUCUCUCUGUAACAAGGAUAUUCAAAUCAAAUGUGUUACUUUACACGUCCAAACAAACAAUGAAAGUGCUCUAAAUUUUUACAAAAAAUUUGAUUUUAAAGUUGUUGGAAGAGUUGAUAAAUAUUAUAAAAGAAUAGAGCCUGAUGAUGCUUUUGUUCUUGAAAAGGAGGUUAAUUAG